CGGAUAGAUUACACUUCAAGUAUGUUAGUCACGUGUCAUCUGCCGGAAGUGACCUCUGUACCACAGAGAAGGAAGCUAUUUGUCCAGAAUGGACAUCUUCCCCAUGUGUUCUGUCUGUCAGCAGCAGUUUGACCUCAAAGGCCCCGCCCCCUACCUACUGCCCUGUCUACAUGCUGUGUGUGAGACGUGUGUGACAUCUGCAACUGGUGGGGUGAUAUCAUGCUCUACUUGUCAGACGGAGGUCAACCUCACAGAUACAAGGCUCAAGAAGGAUGCAGUGAGACAGAAGGAAAUAUUCCAUCUGACAGCCAAACAUCGCCCCACGGAGCUUCUCUGUACAAAUGAAGAUGACGGCAACCAGGCUGUGUGUUGGUGUCAGGACUGUGAAGAGCUCCUCUGUGAAUACUGCCAGAAUAUGCACUGCAGCCUCAAACUUACCAGAAAACAUGUACUUCAAAACCUCAGCGACUUUAAACCAGCUGUCUCAAACAUUCCAACCCCGUGCAGUAUCCACAGCCCUGACUCUCUUUAUCUUUUUGAUCGGAGAUGCAACAUUUUGAUUUGUGGAAGAUGUAGAUUUGAAGAUCACGCAGAUCAUGAAGUUGAGAAGCUAGAUGUGGUAGCUGAAAGUAUCCUCAAACAGCUGGACCAACACAAAACUGAGCUGGCAACCUUACAAGCUCGUCAACAGUCCAACAUUCAGAAUAUCAGACGAGGGACCGAAAUCACAGAUACAACGCACAACACACUGAAAGAAAAUAUUGGCCAUACUUUCAGAGUUCUGCGAUCACAACUUGACCAACGAGAGAAGGAACUUCUGACUGAUCUUGAAGGUCAGACGAAGGCGACCAAGGCAAGUCUCCGUACUCAGCUAAACACAUGUGAAGGAGCUUCGAAGAAAUGCUCUUAUGUUAUAGACUACGUCACCAAGGUUCUCACGUAUGCCUCACAAUCAGACCUCCUGGAGUUGGAGAGUUCUGUAAGGGAGGCAACUCGGGCUUUCCUUGACACUGCUGAGACUCAAACACAGGACAUACCCGCAGCUGUCUUUAACACCAACGGCUUGUCAAAGCUGAAAUCAAACAUAUCACGAUUUGGGGCUGUCGUGACCAAGGACAUGGAAAAACAAUAUGCAAGAGACAAGGAAACUCAAACUGAACAUGACUUCAUAGCUGAGAUGGAAAUCAAAUAUAAGAACAGCAUCGAUGAGAACGAAAACAUCGUGAAGAGAGCCUCAGAAACCACCCAUUUCCUGCUUGGGCUGCUCAAUGAAUGCGAUGUUCACCUGCUGAAACCAGACGCCUUGGACAAGUCGAUGGUGCUGAAGUGUAUACAUCUGAAGUAUGACACAGAUAAUAUUAACCUUAAGGGCACCCACAUCAACACAGAGGGGGACUUGAUCAACAGCAAGUCGGAGACCAGGUCUGCAGGGAAAAGGGGAAAGACGAUCUAUGAGGGCACAUGCAGCACUAUCCCCUACCCCUUGGCUGAUUGUCCCCAGUACUGGGAGACGGAGACCAGGGUCGGACUGGACAAAACACUCACAUGGAACAUUCUCAUCCUGGAGGUUGGUGUCUGUGCUGAGAGAGAGAGGGACAUGGCUUUCUACGUAGACCGUCGUCCCCAUCCCUACAGUUUGAUCGUCCACUACUGUACUACUCACAAAGGGAUAUGCAGGGUAACCAUGAAGGAGGGAAAGGAUGUGUUACAUCUACCUGACACCAUCCCCAACACAGCAGGGACAUCACACACACUACACUACGGUGUUGUCUAUGAUGACGCCAGGAAGAAGAUUGUCUUCAUUGAUGUGAAGGAGAAGAAAGUCAUAUCGACCUUAGACAAUGUAGACUGUAGUCAACCACUGUGGCCGAUGUUCCGGGUAUAUAACCCACAUGUCCUCAAUGUCAGCAUGAGACUUGUGGUGGGCAUCGACAUCAACAUGACAGAGGAGAAGAAAGCCAUGAUUGUCAAGGCGCUGUCGUGAUGUGGCAUGCUAAAGGCGGGCAUGGUGGUGAGUAUGAUCACACACAGAUACGUAUGUAUCAACAUGACGGAGGAGAAGAAAGCUCUCGUUAUAAGACACUGUCAUGAUGCCAUUUUAUCACACCGACGGCCACUGUCGUGAGUAGGAACACACAGAGAUAUGUACCAACGAUAUCAACAUGACGGAGACGAAGAAAGCUCCAGUUAUAAGACACUGUCAUGAUGCCAUGUUAUCACACCGGCGGCAGUGGUGGUGAGUAGGAACACACGCAGAUAUAUACCAACGAUAUCAACAUAACGGGGGAGAAGAAAGCUCUAGUUAUAAGACACUGUCAUGAUGCCAUGUUAUGACACCGGCGGCCACUGUCGUGAGUAGGAACACACGGAGAUAUGUACCAACGAUAUCAACAUGACGGGGGAAAAGAAAGCUCUAGUUUUAAGACACUGUCAUGAUGCAAUGUUAUGAGACCGGCCCCCAUGGUCGUGAAGAUCAACACAAAGCGUUGUGGACAGCGUCAUAAACAUGGCAGAGAAGAAAGUUCUGAUUAUUUUAUGAUGAUGGUACUUCAGACAGACAGACAGACAGACAGACACUAGUCUAUACCCUGUCUAAGCAAGAUGCUCCUCCCUGAUUAUUACUAAUCUCCUCAUCGUGUUGCUGUCCGAACUUGAAAUGUUUGUAUUAUAAUAGUUUUCUACACAUUGUUAACUUAGAGGACACAGAGUCCAGCCAUACUGUACACAUUGUUAACGUAGAGGACACUGAGUCAAGCCAUACUGUACACAUUGUUAAUGUAGAGGACACUGAGUCCAACCAUACUGUACACAUUGUUAACGUAGAGGACACU